AUGACGACAAAUUUUUUACAAAAUAAUUCACAAAUUAAUCCUUCAUAUUUAAAUACAAUGUCACAGAAUCAAUCUUCUUCUUCUUCUUCUUCUUCUUCUUCAUAUAAUGAUAAAAUAAAUGGUAGAAGAAUAUAUCCUAUUGAUUCAACAAAUUCCAAUUUAUCAAUUGCAACAACUAAUGUCGAAAAUUCAAUGGUAUCAACAAUUAAAAAUGCAAGUCAUGUAAUUGAUGUUUAUGCAUCAAAUGAUUUAGAACGAUUAAAAGGUCAAACAUUAUUACCAUCUCCAGAUUUAUCAAAAAUAUUUGACACAGAUUCAUUAAAAUUAUUAGAUAGAAAUGCUUUCAAAUAUAGAGAAAAUCUAAAUAGUUUGAUUUAUAUUAGAAAUAAUAAUGGUUCAGGUUCAUAUAUGGAAGAAAAUCCAAGAAAGAGUCAAUCAAUAUCACUUGGUUCUUUAGGGAAUCCAUCAAUUAAAAAUAUUUCAAUGUUUCCUCCAGGAAAUCAAUCUAUUGUUAGCAGUAAUACAUCGAGCAGGUCCUCAACUCCUUUCAAUUUUACAACUUCGGCAACUCCAAUUAGUCAAGCAUCUUCAAUUUCAUUGAAUGAAAGGUUUACUAAAAAUAUGCAUUUUGGAUCAUCAAUGCAAGACAUGUCGAUUCCUAGAACUCCUAUAGAGUUAUCAACUGCAAAGGGAGUUAAUAAUAGCAAUAAUAAUAAUACAACAACUCCAUCUCCUGUAUCUUCAAUAUCAUCAUCUAAGGUUGGUAAAAAACCAUAUACUAAAAAGGGUCAUAAGAAAUCCAAGAGUACAACCAAUCAAGUUAUUGGUUCAUCAAAGGAUUCAUUAGAAGAAAGAAGAAAAUAUCGUUGUUCGGUAUGUCCUAAGGGAUUUACUACGUCUGGUCAUUUAGCUAGACAUAAUAGAAUUCAUACAGGAGAAAAGAAUCAUGCUUGUCCUUUUAAUAAUUGUAAACAAAGAUUUAGUAGACAAGAUAAUUGUUUACAACAUUAUAGAACACAUUUUAAAAAUAAUAAUGGUGUACCAAGGACACAUGAAAUCAUAUCAUAUACUGAAACAUCACAAGUUAAUAAUAGACCAUCUGGUAUGAACUAUUAUGAACAACAAUAUAAAUAA